AUGGCCACCUUGACCAAGGUCAAGAGGAGGUUGACCAGGAGGCCCUGGCCGGCGGCGGCAGCUGAACCCAUCGCUCCGCCCGGGCUGGGCCUGCCUCGGGGCCCGGGAGGAAGGACAUCCUCCCCUGCCCGUGCCCCUGCUUCAAGAGACAAUCAGACGAGACAAAUACGAGAUGCUGUUUCAAAUGUGGAAAAACAUUUUGGUGAAUUGUGCCAAAUAUUUGCUGCAUAUGUACGUAAAACUGCCAGACUACGAGACAAAGCAGACCUGCUGGUAAACGAAAUAUAUGCAUAUGCAGCUACAGAGACACCAAAUUUAAGAGUUGGGUUGAAAAAUUUUGCAGAUGAAUUUGCCAAACUUCAAGAUUAUCGACAGGCAGAGGUUGAAAGGCUUGAAGCCAAAGUUGUUGAACCUCUGAAAAGUUAUGGGACCAUAGUAAAACUUAAAAGGGAUGAUUUAAAAGCAACUUUAACAGCAAAGAAUCGAGAAGCUAAGCAGUUGUCUCAAUUGGAAAAGACUCGUCAGCGGAAUCCAUCAGAUCGACACAUUAUUUCACAGGCUGAAAGUGAAUUACAGAGAGCUUCAAUGGAUGCAACCCGAACAAGUCGACAGUUAGAGGAAACCAUUGACAAUUUUGAGAAACAGAAAAUAAAGGACAUAAAGGAUAUAUUUUCUGAAUUUGUAACUAUCGAAAUGUUAUUCCAUGGAAAAGCUUUAGAAAUUUAUACUGCUGCCUACCAAAGUAUACAAAACAUUGAUGAAAAUGAAGAUUUAGAGGUUUUUCGGAGUUCACUCCAUCCACCAGACUAUCAGUCUCGUUUAGAUAUAGUCUGUGCAAAUUCAAAGUCCCCCCUUCAGAGAAACAGCUCACUAAAGUUUUCAUCUGGAAUGGUACAGAAAAUUUCUAACAGUCGAAUAAGAAAGGAGGAAGAUGAAGAAGAGGAAGAUGAUGAUGAUGAUGACGAUGAAGAGGAGGAACUAGAAGCUGCCAAGGAAGAGAGAUAACUGAUAAUUGUUUUAAGGUGCUUUUUAAAUUACAAGAAAAGCUUUUCAUUUAAAGCUUUUAUAUAUUAGAUGGUAAUUCACUGACACUAUCCAUUAAAAGAAUCCUAACAAAGGAGGGCAACAGCGGCAGUAACAUUCAGUCCUUUGAAUGAUUGUCUAUUUGUUAUUUUGACAGUCAGUCUUGUGGAGGUAUGAAACACUUCAGAAAAUGGAGGUCUUAGACAUAAAAUAUAAGAGAAAUAGUUUAAUUGUCCAAAAAGCUUCCCUAAGAACUAUGUAUACAAAUCUAAUAUUGAUUUCAAGGUAUUCAACAAAAAUGUUACUGAUGUAUUUAAAUAUUUUCUAGGCAGAUAGGCAGUCCUGAACACAG